GAUCAAUGGAUAAGUCCAAACUGGAACAUCUAAAUCACCUAUUUGUGACUCACUAAACCCAUUGUGCGUUUGUGGACUGUUAUAGAAUAUGGUUUCAAGGUCCCCGUAGCAAAAUCAGCCCAGCAGUCAGCCACGCCCUGAAAACCCGCAGCGUUGCUCUCAAGUCAUUUAACACUCGACCGAGGAAGUGACCAGACCUUGAAUAUUUAAUCCCCUUCGUGGAAGCAGUUUUAUUUAUAGGCUGUACUCAAUAUCUCGCAGGCUAGUUCAUCAUGGGUCAACCAGAGGAGGCACAUUCCUCCCAACCACAACCCCACGACGAUCCUCCUCCGCCUUACGCAGAUGACGGUGCGACGCCACCCCUGCCACCCAGGGACACCAAAAACAACCCAUUCUAUGAAAGGGCAUCGCCUACUUCGCCGUCAAGGCCCUCGAGCUCGAGGUCAAAACAGCCAUUGCCAACCCCAGUCAGGCCAACCGGUCGUUUUCCAAACCUGCUUGGCAUGUACUACCAAAAAGCCAUCCGCACACCAACCUUCAACUUGGGCGAGUCCGAGGACCAGCCCUUGUUGUCCGUGACCUUUCACCAGAGCGCCACCUACUCGGGCCAGCCCUACCUCAUCCUCCACUCAAGCGCGGACCCAGGCUCGCCACCCUUGGCGAUAGCAGAGAAGGCCGGCCGGCUCGGCCAGCGCGCCGAGAUCACCCUGCCGGGACUAGAGGGCUCGGAAGGCGUGUCCACGGAGGAGAUGGGCGCCCACAUAAGCAUCACCUCCGUCUCGUACGCAUUCACCAUCGAGACCGGGGACGGCCAGCGGGAGAAGUUCGAGUGGCGCUCCUCCAAGGGCAGCGAGGUCAAGAGCUUGAGCUCUGACAAGCACCCCGCGGGUCGAAAACUUGUACGCAUCAGCGUCGAGGCGGGCGUGGGCGGCACGCGUGCGGUGCGGGACGAAGGUGCUACCAGCGAUGGGCGUGAGAUCGUUGCGGCAUGGGCGGACAAUGCGAAGUGGAGUGGGAACAAGGCAGGCGUGUUCCAGUUCUUGGGCAGCGGUGCGACGGGAGAGCUGGGAGAAAGGUUCAGUGUUAUGGCCUUGGUAUCGGCGGUCAGGAUAUGGGAGAUGAUCAACGAGAAAAGCUUGCAGAGUGCCGCAACACCUGGGUUAGGGGCGGGAAAUAGUGUAUAGUCAUGGACGCUUACUGAAGGCAGGAGCUGCGCUUAUCGUAGUCAUGACUCUUAAGGUACGCGCCAGUGAUAUCGCGUAAUGAAUUUUUGACCUUGCCAUUUUACAAUGACUUCACGUCAGCUUACAGUCCAUAUAUUAGAAGAGUUUGCCUUUUGCGUUGAUGUCACUGGAGUACACGAAAUCUACAGGCAAUCAAGUGUACGCAGAGAGGAAGCUAUUAGUACUCCGCUAGUUGUUAUCAUGGUGAUUUUGUUUGGACACAGGUGGCAAAAUAUGAAGACAGGCAUCUCGUAAUAGCAAGUUCAAAGAUAUCUUUGAUAAGGAUGCCCCAACCAUUGUAUUCAUAUGAGAGCGACCAAGAGAAGAAGAAGGAAAACGAAGAGAAGAGAAGAGAAGAAAUGAAAUGAUGGGGGAAAAGAAUCCCAAA